GGAGGCACCAUGGGCCUUUAUUUUAUUACUACAUAUACAUAAAUCCUACUGCCUCGCAGUUCAUGAAAUGCAUUUGUGUUGUUUGAUGAAUAAAUCUGGCAUGCUUCUUUACAUAAUGAAGGCUAAUUAGUUCAUGCUGCAGUAUUCAUCAUGGUUGCCUUUGGUAGGUCUGCCAGAUCUAUGGAGGACUGGUAGCAGGCCAGAGAGAGCCAGCCUGACCCUGCUGAAAGCCUGCCUCUGCAGUCUACCAGCUGCUGCUGCUGCUCCAGAGCCAGAGUGGAGAGUCCCCUCACCCCCCUGCACAGACAGAGACAAAAGGCCUGAUUCGCCUGCUGAACACUGCCCCCUUUCUCCAUCCGUCCCUUCAUGCACGGCCGUGGUGGUGGUGGAGGAGGUGGUGCUGUUGCUGGUGGUGGUGGCAGCGGGGGCUUCAGGAGAAAAAGAGGCCUGGACUGGGACUAAAUCUAGGACUGACCCAGAGAAGGAGAGUGGGAAGAGUGGGAGGGAGGAGGAGGAGGAGGAGGAGGAGGAGGAGGAGGAGGAGGAAGAUGGGGGCAAGGCAAGGCAGGUGCUGAGGCCUCCACAGGAAGACUCUCUUUUUCCUGAAUAUCUGGGGGAAAAAAUCUGAAAAGGCGCUGGAGGUAGAAGUGGAGGGGGAGCUGCAUGAAAGGUGAUCUCUUCAUCGGAAUUGGAGCAGGACCAUGGGAGAUAUGAAGACACCAGACUUCGAUGACUUGCUGGCAGCCUUCGACAUCCCCGACAUGGUGGAUCCUAAAGCUGCUAUUGAAUCUGGACAUCAAGACGACCAUGAUGGUCAGCUGAAGCAAACCGGUGGUGCAGUGACUGCCAGUGAAGAUGACACCCAAAGCCCUUCAACAGGUCAUGAUGUAGGUGUUAGCGUUAUUGUUAAGAACGUCAGAAACACAGAUGCUACUGAACAUGGUGGAAGUACUUCAGAGAAAGAAGGACAGUCACACUCUCACCCCCAUUCUGUUGCACAUGGCAAUGGACGUCAUAAUGGCUUUUUGUCCACCAUACCACCUGGUAAUCAUUACACAAAAAAUGGAUGGAAGGUUCCCAGGGAGGAAGGGCAAUCUGUUAACCCAUCAUCUACCUUCAAUCAGUUCAGCCCAAUUUCCAGUGCUGAGGAGUUUGAUGAUGAUGAAAAGAUUGAGGUGGAUGACCCUGUGGACAAGCAAGGGGGCCAGUCAUUCUACAGAUCAAUUACUGCAAGGGAGGAACAGAAUCCAAAAUCACCUGUAUCAGUGGACAAUCUCUCUAAAUCAAGAGCAAAUGGGGACCUAAAACUUGAUCAGAACAACAACAGCAAUGAAAAUCUGAGUUGUUCCAAGUUGAGCAGCUCACCUCCUGUGGGUACACCUGAGGAGGAAACAAAAGAAGCGGUCCUCAGUGAACAAGAGUGGAAUAAAGGUGAAGAGCCACUGGGGCCAGUUAGUAUGUCCAAUAUCUCCCCAGUCAAAACCAAAUCUUCUGUUAAACUCUCCUCAUGUAUAGCAGCAAUAGCAGCUCUUAGUGCCAAAAAGGCUAGUGCUGCAGACUCUGGUGUCUUGGAUUCUCCAAUGGCACGCAAAGAAUCUUUACGUGUCAGUCCCCAAAAAGAUGCCUGCGAAAGCACUCAAGCUUCAGAGAAGCCACAUGAUCAGGAGUCAGCACUAGAGAUUGCAAAGAGGUUGCUAACAAGACAACCAGACAGCCCAUCUAGUAUCACAAGCGAGUGUAGCAGCAAAGGAUCUCCAUGCUCAAGUACAGACACCACCCCAGUAAUCCCAAAGGUCAGAAUCAAAACAAUCAAGACUUCAUCAGGACAGAUCAAGCGUACUGUCACCCGAGUUCUCCCAGAAUUUGAGCCUGAUGGCCUGAAAAAAGCAGAAAUGUCCAAAAGCCCAUCUUUCAUAGGGACCACUGGUGCAAUUUUCUCAUCUCCCACAAGGCAUUCUUUGCCAGCGACAGUAGUCACCACCACUGGAGGCUCGUCUAAUGAAAUCACCAAGCAGAUGACAAUUAAACCUGUAGCGACUGCUUUCCUGCCAGUUUCAGCAGUCAAGACAGCUGGUUCUCAAGUCAUCAACCUUAAGCUGUCAAACAACACCACAGUUAAAGCUACAGUCAUCCCUGCUUCAUCGGUGCAAAGCGCCAGCAGUGCCAUUCUUAAAGCGGCAAAUGCCAUCCAGCAACAGACUGUCAUGAUACCUGCCUCUAGUCUGGCUAAUGCCAAACUUGUGCCAAAGACAGUCCAUUUAAGUAACCUCAAUCUUCUGCCUCAAACUGUAUCUUCUGCUGCCUGUGAUCUCCAGCAGGCCCUCUCCUCAUCCAAACAACCCCAGCAAUCACAACAAGCCAAACAGCAGACCAUUCUCUCUGGUCAGGCCUCAAAGAAAGUUUCGAGGGUUCAAGUGUUCACAAGCUCACAAAGUUCCGUGGUGGAUGCCUUCAAUAAAGUCCUGAGUAGCAUAAAUCCUGUUCCUGUGUAUGUCCCAAAUCUUUCUCCUCCAACCUCAGCCUGCAUCUCUCUACCAUCUCGUGGCUACAAGUGUCUGGAGUGUGGAGAUUCCUUUGCUCUGGAGAAGAGCCUGACCCAGCACUACGAACGUCGGAGUGUGAGGAUCGAGGUGACUUGCAACCACUGUGCCAAGAGUCUAGUGUUCUAUAACAAAUGCAGCUUGUUGUCUCACGCCAGGGGCCACAAAGACAAAGGGGUGGUCAUGCAGUGCUCACAUCUAAUCCUAAAGCCAAUUCCCGCUGAUCAAAUGAUCGCCACUUUAGGCUCCCCCAGUAUCACCAGUAGUGCCUCCACCUCCCAAGCACAAGCACCUACCAGUCAAAUCUCUGGAAAAGUCGCCGGUGGUGGGUCACAAACUGCAGUGAUAUCAGCUCCAUGUAGUGCUCCUGUUGUGGCAGCCAUGCCUUUGGAGGAUGACGCAUCAAAACUCUGCAGGCACAGCCUCAAGUGCUUGGAGUGUAAUGAAAUGUUUCAGGAUGACAGUUCUCUAGCCAUGCACUAUCAACAGGCACUGGAGUCCAAUGGGCAGAAAACAUGCACUAUCUGCCAAAUGCUCCUCCCGAAUCAGUGCAGCUUUCUGUCACACCAGCGAAUUCACCAACAUAAGUCUCCUUACAUCUGCCCUGAAUGCGGUGCCAGUUGUCGUUCUGUCCACUUCCAGUCCCACGUCACCAAAAACUGCCUGCACUACACCCGAAGAGUCGGCUAUCGCUGUAUCCACUGUAGUGUGAUCUUUGCUGAUGUUGCAACUCUCAAGUCGCACAUCCAAAGUACUCACUGUGAGAUCUUCUAUAAAUGUUCCAUCUGCCCCAUGGCCUUCAAGUCUGCACCUGGAACCCACUCCCACGCCUACACUCAGCAUCCAGGAGUGAAGGCAGGAGAACCAAAGGUGAUCUACAAGUGUUCUAUGUGUGACACUGUGUUCACUCUACAGUCUCUGCUCUACACUCACUUCGACCAGCACGUCAUUAAUCAUAAAGUUUCAGUGUUUAAAUGCCCGGACUGCUCCAUGCAUUAUGCACAGAAACAACUCAUGUUGGACCAUAUAAAGACUAUUCAUGGUACCCUGAAGACCAUCGAGGGACCACCAAAUUUGGGCAUCAACCUGCCCCUCAGCACCAAGCCCACUAAUAACAGCACCUGCAGCAACAGCCCUACUAAUAAUAGCAACAAAGACGGAGGAAGCAUAAAUGGUCAGGACAAGGGGGAAAAGAGGUCAUCUCCCUCACGACUAAAAAAACCCAACAGUAACUGCCCGGCGGAGGCGAAAACCCCUCCCAGCACAGGAUACACAUGUGCAGACUGCAGCACCGUCUUCAGCUCCAGGGAAGUGUACGUGGCACACAUGAGGCGCGAGCACGGCAAGAUCCUGAAAAAACAUCCAUGCAGACAGUGUGAUAAGUCCUUCAGUUCUUCUCACAGUCUCUGUCGUCACAACCGCCUCAAACACAAGGGGCUGAGGAAGGUCUACACCUGCCCACACUGUCCAGCAGUCAGUCAACCGUUCACUAAAAGAGUGCUUCUGGAUCAGCAUAUUCAGCUGAUGCAUGGAGACAAAGACCCAGAGGGGAAGACUCUCAGUCCCAGUCACAUGGAGCCACUACCUGACAAGCAAACGGCCCUCAGCCCAAAGAGGAAACCAGAGGAAGACGAAGGGUCCCCUUGUGUGAACUCCAGAGCCCCCGACUCGCAGCCGCUGAAAAGACUCAAAGUGAACAUCCUCAAAGUUCACAAGUGCGCCGUCUGCGGCUUCACCACCGAGAACAUCACCGCGUUCCACGAACACAUUCCCCAGCACAAAUCUGACGGCUCAUCCUACCAGUGUCAGGAGUGCGGCCUGUGCUACACCUCCCACCGCUCGCUGGCCCGACACCUCUUCAUCGUCCACAGACUGAAGGAGCCGCAGGGUCUGGGUCGAUACAACGGACGAGGCAAAGGAGACGACGAGAGCCAGAGAGAGAACCAGUUAGACAUUACGGACGAGAACAACGACGGGACGCCAAAUACCAAAUGUAAAGUGUGCGGCAAGAUGUUUGAAACUGAAGGAAACCUGAAUACUCACAUGAGGACGCAUGGAAUGGCGUUUAUAAAGUCAAAGAGGCUGACCGACGUGAGAGGAACACACGCUUCAACCAUUCCAUCUUAAGCAAUACUGCUGUGAACAAUUUAUACAAUUUUUAAACUGUUGCAGAAAACAUACAGUCUGCUUUGUUGUGAUUCCAAUAUCCUAUAUACAUAAUGUACAUGCAGAAUACUACAAUAUGUAUACUAUAUACACACAGUAAUGCAUAUGUCAGAGUCACUUUAAGUGUCUUCAAUUAAAGUGAGCAAGAUAAUUUUUUAUAUACAUAUAGAUGUUUCUAUAGGCGUUCAAUAGAUCUUUUUUAUAGAAGAACUUUUUAUUUUGAACAGUUUCCAUUGUUGUCUUCUCUGUAGAACUAGAUAAUCUAUAGGUAUAUUGUUGUAAUGGGACUAUAUCUUAGUCAGCAGUGUUCUGAAUGUCAAUGCUGCUAAUGUCCAAUGAAUGUCUCAUAGAAUAAUAGAAUAUAUACAUAUAAAUAUAAAUAUAUAUAUAUGAAAACUGUUGAAAUCUCACAUUUCCCCACUACACAUCAUAUAUAUAUAUAUAUAUAUAGCUGAAGUCUCCAUUUUCAACUUGGACGUUGAGUGGGAGGCAUGUUUUUAAAGGCAUGAAUGGCUUCGUUCAUGUUUCCGUCCCUUCUUUACUCUGUUAUGAU